AUGGAGUCGGAUGAGGAUCUCACUCUACACAGAUGUCCAAGGAGGUUGAGCAGAGGAUCCGGGGUGGGAUUUGCGGAUGACUUUGAAAUGACAUCCUUUUCCGAUGACGACAGCAAACAGGACCCCGCCGAUAGUCUCGACGAUCGUACCGAUGCGGCUUCUGCGGAGCACCUGAAGCCCCAAGGGAAUCAAGAUCUUGCCUCCGAAAUUCUCCAUGCCGAGGAUGACCCUUCACUGAAUGCCUUGACGUUCCGAACGUGGUUCAUUGGCAUUGUCUUAGGAGUCUUCGGUGCAAUUGUGAACACAAUAUACUAUUUCCGCUCCCGUACGCUCGACAUUUCCAAAGUCCUCUUAGUUUUGGCAGCGUAUGUGCUUGGAACCUUUAUGGAGAGGUCCAUUCCAAGAUGCGGAUUCGUCGGGCGCUGGCUUAAUCCACAUCCGUUCAACUCCAAAGAACAUACCGCAGCCGCCAUCAUUGCCUCGUCCGCAUCACAAGUUGCGCUUGCUGUCCAGAUCAUUGCCGCCCAAAAACUGUACUACGACAACGCACCGAGAGUCUUGCGACGAGCCGUCGUGUAUCCUUCUAAGAUGUUCUGGCCAGUAUUGUUGCCCGUCAGCUCACUCCUCGAAACCCUCCACAAGGACGCCACGCAAACCAGAUACAAGCGUCGGGUGAUGUACUGGACAUUCGCUGUGGUUGUCCUGUGGCAGUUCUUGCCAGAGUACAUCAUGCCAAUUUUGACUGGCUUCAGCAUCUUCUGCUUGGCAAAUCAAAGCAACACAGUCUUCACCACAAUUUUCGGUGGCUCCAACACAAACGAAGGUCUCGGAUUCCUAUCCUUGGGGCUUGAUUGGAAGUUCAUCACAAGCCAGCCUUUGUGGCUCCCACUGCAAACUUUGACGAACAACUUCAUUGGAUAUCUCAUCUGCAUCGUUCUAUUCGCCGGCGUCUAUUACGGAAAUGUUUGGCGCGCAAAAGACUUCCCUUUCAUGUCACAUUUGCUUUACUCAGAGAAGUCCACGAGCUCGGACUUCAUCCCGCACCGUCAGAAUAAGACGUUUGACCUGCAGGCUAUGCUCGAACCUGGCGUGGCGGAUGGACUGCAUCUGCCGUUCUUUGCAGGUACAUUCGCAGCGUCUCUUCUCACGAACAGCCUCUACAUCACCUCCACCAUUGUGCAUCUUCUGCUCUGGAACUGGUGCGAUAUACGAAAGGUCUGGGAAUUCAUGUAUCCCCAGAAGCUUCACAAGCUCAUAACCUCGACUUUCUGGACCAGCAAUCCGGAGGUGGUCGAGCAUAACGAAGUGGAUCACAACCCGCACUAUCAAUUCAUGCGCGCAUAUAAGGAAUGCCCAAACUGGUGGUACGCUGCUGUUUGUACAAUCUCGGUCGUCAUCGGACUUAUCUGCAUUUAUACGGCAGAGACAACGCUUCCUUGGUACGGCUUCUUCAUCAGCAUCCUCCUCGCUGGCCUCCUCUCUCCCUUCUUCGGAGCCCAAGCCGCACUCACCGGUUACCAGGGUAGCGUCCAAUCCCUCAUGCACCUCCUCGGCGGUUUCAUUCACCCGGGAAACCCAACCGCAAAUCUCUACUUCACUCUCUUCGGCCACGCCUCCAUCACUCAAGCCCUCAGCAUGGCGCAAAAUCUCAAGCUCGGCCAAUACACCAAGCUCCCGCCUCGCGUCACCUUCACCUCCCAACUCGUCGGCACCCUCAUCGGCUCGAUAAUCAGCUACGCCGCCAUGGCCACAAUAGUCAACGACCAACGCACCAUCCUCCUCAACCCCCACGAUUCCGCCACCACCGCCUGGUCCGCCGCCAAAAUCUCGCACCUCCACACCCAGGCCACCGCCUUCGGCCUCCACGGCCGCUCUCUCUUCUCGCUCCCCUCGUCCCGCUAUGCCGCCAUCCCAGUCAGCCUACUCCUCGGCCUCGCCCUGCCCCUCCCAACCUUCCUCCUCUCCCGAGCCUUCCCCUCGCAUCGCCUCGCCUACUCCUACCUCAACACCCCGCUCGUCGCCGCCUCCGCCGGCGUCCUGGCCGCGCUCCCCUCCACCAGCGCCGCGGCGACCUACUUCGCCCUCGGGUUCGCGAGCCAGUUCUGGCUGCGGCGCUACAGGCCGGCCUGGUUCGUCAGGUACAACUACCUGGUCGCCGCGGCCGUGGAUGCCGGCGCGCAGGCGUGCGCGGUCGUGGUCAUGGGCGUGUUCAGAGGCGGGUUGGGGAGCUGGGCUGACGUCGCCAUGCCGGCGUGGUGGGGCAACAAUGUGGGUGGGAACUUUGAUCGGUGUGCGAGCGUCGACGGGGUGGGCGUGGUGAGGGAUGUCGCUGGUAGUGGGAGCUUGUGA